AUGAAAUUGUUUGUUACCCCUUCUCCACUAGCACUGUUGGUUCAUCGGACACACACUCUGUCCAAGUUUUAUUCUUGUGCAGGAUUGGUAAAAAGGAAUGGCAAUCUCUCAUCAGCUUUUUCCGAUAAUCAUCUUUCAAAGCAUAAUUGUGUUCAAUUUCACAACAAUUUUAUUAUCGGAGAAUCAAUCAAAGAACGAAGAAGAAAGGAGUAUGAACAGCAUACGAGUAAAAAGUAUCUUCACACAAGCGGAGAUGAAUCUGUGCUAAAGGGCUACAGGCCGGUUAUUGGUCUUGAAAUUCACGCUCAAAUUACUUCCAACAGCAAAUUAUUUUCAUCUGGUUCAACAGAGUUUACAAACUCUACGCCUAAUGUUCAUGUCACCCUAUUUGACGCAUCCUUCCCUGGAACUUUACCAAUUUUAAAUGAAUUUUGCAUAAGACAGGCUGUAAAAACUGGUUUAGCUAUUGGAGGAAAGGUGAAUCUUUAUUCUCAAUUUGAUAGAAAGCACUACUUUUAUCCAGAUCUUCCUCUUGGAUAUCAAAUCACACAGCAGUUUUACCCACUAAUUUCUGAAGGAAAAAUUAGAAUUGACAUACCUCAAGGUGAUGGUACAUAUCUAGCAAAGUACAUCAGAAUUGCUAGAAUUCAGGUAGAGCAAGAUUCUGGUAAAUCUAUACAUGACGUUGACUACACUUUAAUUGAUUUGAACAGAGCUGGAAAUCCUUUAAUGGAAAUUAUUACCUAUCCUGAUAUCAACUCUAGUUUAGAAGCAGAAUUAUUUGUGAAAAAACUGCAAUUCUUGUUGAGAUAUAUUGGAACAUGUGAUGGAAAUAUGGAAGAGGGUAGCUUGAGGUGCGAUGUCAAUGUUUCAGUUUACAACGCAAGCAAGAACGAGGAACCACUGAGUGGAACAAGAUGUGAGGUAAAAAAUAUUUCGAGUGCCAAUAAUAUUCCUCGAGCUAUUGAUUUUGAAAUUAAGAGACACAUUGAGUUGUUGACCAGUGGACAAAAGGUGGAGCAACAAACUCGAACAUUUGAUGCUAAAAAAGGCGAAACUAUUCUUUUAAGAAGUAAGGAAAAUAUUCCUGAUUACAAAUUUUUCCCUGACCCAGAUCUACCCUAUGUGGAGCUGACAAAUGAAUAUGUACAAGACAUUGCCAAUUCAAUUACCUCUCUUCCAGAUCAAGUUAUUGAAAAAUUGACAAAUGAGCCUUAUAAUCUAACAUUCUAUGAUGCCAAUGUUCUUCUAACAACCGAAGGUGGUGUUGAAUUUUUCGAAGGCAUUUUGAAUGAUAAAAGAUGGAGAUCAGAGACAAUGAAUCCCAAGUUAGUUGCAAAUUGGAUUGCCAGCGAGUUAAUGGGUCUUCUCAAUGCUGCUGGUUUAUCCUUAAAAGAGAGUCCAGUAUCUUGUGUUCAAAUUGGAUCUAUUGUGGAUGCCAUUCAAUGUGAGGAUAUUUCAGGAAAGAUGGCAAAGAAAAUCAUCAAGAUCAUGUUUGAUGAAAAGAGUGGAGAGAUGGCAAAUGACAUUGCUGAAAAGAAUGGAUGGAAGCAAAUUACAGACAGAGACACAAUUGCUUCAUGGUGCGUUCAAGUCAUUGAACAAUAUCCAAAGGAGGUAGAGUCCAUUAAAAAAGGAAAGGACAAUUCCUUCCAAUUCCUGGUUGCUCAGGUGAUGAAACUUUCCAAAGGUAAUGCCUCUCCUUCAUUGGUUAAUCAAAUACUGAGAGAGAAUAUCCAAUAA